AUGGGCAGCCUGCCAGCAAAUCGAGUUCAGCCUAACCCAGCAUUUCAUACCACGGGAGUGGAUUAUUGUGGACCAUUUUAUCAUAAGGCAGAGGCCCGCAACAAGGCGCCUCACAAGUGCUACAUCGCCGUCUUUGUCUGCUUCUCUACGAAGGCCACGCAUUUGGAAGUAGUCCAGGAUCUCACAACGGAUUCUUUCAUCGCAGCGUUGAGAAGAUUCACCAGCCUGAGAGGCCCUCCGCGCACUAUUUGGAGUGACAAUGCGACGAACUUUGUCGGCGCUAAGAGCGAGCUAACAGAGCUGAAGGAUCUAUUUCUGAGCGAACCCCAAACGGCUUCGAUAGCUUCCUCCUGCUUAGCUGAUGGGAUUGAUUGGAAGUUCAUACCUCCGCGUGCCCCACAUUUCGAAAACGCUGAAAGUCUUGAGGUGCUAACGCCGGCCCAUUUCCUGAAAGGCUCCAGCUACACAAGGUUUCCUGAGCCUGAUAUCACGCAUCUCCGAGAAGGCCGCCUCAGCAGAUGGCAAAGGGUGACACAGAUGCAGCAGCAAUUCUGGAAGCGGUGGAGCAGCGAGUAUUUAUCCUUGCUCCAAGAAAGGAGUAAGUGGCGCGUCGAAACAUCCAACAUCAAGGUCGGAAGCAUCGUGUUGCUGAAGGAGGACAACCUUCCACCCUUGAAAUGGCAGCUGGGGUGCAUCCAAGGAGUCGUUCCAGGCGAGGACGGUGUCGUCAGAGUAGCUAUGGUCCGUACAGCUACGGGUCUAGUCAAGAGAGCCGUCGCCAAGUUAGCCGUUCUGCCCAUCGAUUCCCAUUUAGUUGGAGCCCUACUUCCUCCAACGGGGGAGUAUGUUCGGAGCAGCCCGCCAACCUAG